GGCGGAGAUGCCUUUUUAACCCCUGCCUUAUCACCUCCCGCAUCACUCCACGCCGGGACCGACCAGGGACGUUUUAACUGUCCGUUCACCAGCAGGGCCGCUUCGUUCACCAGAGACCCGUCAUCCCGUCAUCCCGUCACCGCUCACAGAUGGAGGACUACCACAAACCCGACCAGCAGACGGUGCAGGCGCUCGCCAACAUCGCCACCCGGCUGCGGAUCAACUCCAUCAAGGCGACCACAGCGGCGGGAAGCGGUCACCCCACGUCAUGCAGCAGCGUGGCGGAGAUCAUGUCGGUGCUGUUCUUCAACACCAUGAAGUACCGCCCUGAAGACCCCAAGAACAUCCACAACGACCGCUUCGUGCUGUCCAAGGGUCACGCCGCCCCCAUCCUGUACGCGGUGUGGGCGGAGGCGGGGUACCUGAAGGAGAGCGAGCUCCUGAACCUGAGGAAGGUGGACUCCAUCCUGGAGGGACACCCCGUGCCGAAGCAGCAGUUUGUGGACGUUGCAACCGGAUCUCUGGGUCAGGGGCUCGGAGCGGCUUGUGGAAUGGCCUACACUGGGAAGUACUUCGACAAGGCCAGCUACCGUGUGUUCUGCCUGCUGGGCGACGGCGAGAUGUCCGAGGGCUCCGUGUGGGAGGCCAUGUCCUUUGCCUCGUACUACCAGCUGGACAACCUGGUGGCCAUCCUGGACAUCAACCGGCUGGGCCAGAGCGACCCCACCCCCCUGCAGCACCACACGGAGAAGUACCAGCGCCGCUGCGAGGCCUUCGGGUGGCAGGCGGUGGUGGUCGACGGCCACAGCGUGGAGGAGCUCUGCAAGGUGCUGAACCAGCCGCGCCACCAGCCCCUCGCCAUCAUCGCCAAGACCAUCAAGGGAAAGGGCAUCUCCGUGGCGGAGGAUAAGCUGGGCUGGCACGGGAAGCCCCUCCCCCGGGAGGUGGCGGACGGCGUGCUGAAGGAGCUGCAGAGCCGCAUCGUGAGCUGCAGCAAGCGGCUCUACCCCGCGGCGCCCUGCGAGGACGCCCCCGCCGUCAGCCUGCGCAACGUCCGCAUGCCCAGCGCACCCAGCUACAAGCUGGGGGAGAAGGUCGCGACCAGGAAGGCGUACGGGAUGGCCCUGGCCAAGCUGGGCCGCUACAACCAGCACGUCAUUGCUCUGGACGGGGACACGAAGAACUCCACCUUCGCCGAGCUCUUCAAGAACGAGCACCCCGACCGUUACGUCGAGUGCUACAUCGCCGAGCAGAACAUGGUCAGCGUUGCCGUGGGCUGCGCCGCCCGUGACCGCAGCGUGGUGUUCGCCUCCACCUUCGCCACCUUCUUCACGCGGGCGUACGACCAGCUGCGCAUGGCGGCCAUCUCCGAGAGCAACGUCAACCUGUGUGGCUCGCACUGCGGCGUCUCCAUCGGAGAGGACGGGCCCUCCCAGAUGGGUCUGGAGGACCUGGCCAUGUUCAGAGCCAUCCCCACGGCAACGGUGUUCUACCCUAGCGACGCCGUGUCCACGGAGAAGGCCAUGGAGCUCGCUGCCAACACAAAGGGCCUGUGCUACAUCCGGACCAGCCGCCCCGAGAACAGCGUCAUCUACAACAGCAGCGAGGACUUCCACGUCGGACAGGCCAAGGUCGUCAACAAGUCCAACGAUGACCACGUGACUGUGAUCGGAGCCGGAGUGACCCUUCAUGAGGCAAUGGCCGCCGCAGAGCAACUGAAGAAAGAGAGGAUCAACGUCCGUGUGAUCGACCCGUUCACCAUCAAGCCCCUGGACUCCAAGACCAUCAUCGACAACGCCAAGGCCACGCGAGGCCGCAUCAUCACCGUGGAGGACCACUACUACGAAGGGGGCCUCGGCGAGGCGGUGUGCGCGGCGGUGGUCAACGAGACGGGCUUCAGCGUGCACCGCAUGGCCGUGGCCCAGGUGCCGCGCAGCGGGAAGCCCCAGGAGCUGCUGCGGCUCUUCGGCAUCGACCGCGACGCCAUCGCCCAGGCCGUCCGGAAGGUUCUCAGCACCUCCGCCAACAACAAGUAGAGGAGGAGGAGGAA